CACGAAUUAAAGUUCAAGUCCUAUUUACAUACAUACAGUACACAGCCACAUAUACGAUAAGAUUCAGCAGACAUCGAACUUGGGAAUCCUUGAAUCUUCAACUCUUAUUCAGCACCCCUUGUUCUAAGUACCCGAGAAAGGCCAACUACCACCAGGACAAUCAACCUAUAUACCCUUCGUCCUCUUGAGCCAUCCCACCGCCUACUGAAGCCAUCAAGUAGACAGACCAGACCAAAUGCCUCCGCCGCCACCACCGCCGUCAAGGCGAAACGACUCCAAGGCCUCAGCCGCCUCCAAGGAAGAAAACAUCUACAUCCCCUCAUUCAUCAGCAAACGGCCGUUCUACGCCGGCGAGGAAGGAGACCAAACAGACUACCUACAACAUCAACGUCUACACAAGGCCAACGACGACCAAUCAAAAUGGUACGACAGGGGCAAGAAGCUCGGGCCGGCCGCGACCAAGUACCGGAAAGGGGCCUGCGAGAACUGCGGCGCAAUGACCCACAAGGCGAAGGACUGCCUCAACCGGCCACGCGCGAAGGGUGCCAAAUGGACCGGCCGGGACAUACAAGCGGACGAGGUGAUCCAGGACGUGCAGCUGGGCUGGGACGCGAAGCGCGAUCGGUGGAACGGCUACGAUCCCAAGGAGUACCGCACCGUCGUCGAGCGGUACAACCAGAUGGACGAGCUGCGGAGCCUAGUCUCCGGGGCAAACAAAGACGGCAGCAAGGAGGACAUCGACGGCGAGGACGGAGAAGGCGAUAAGGACACGGGCGAGAAGUACGCCGAGGAAUCCGACAUGGGGCGACACCAGAGCACCGCGACCCGCCAACUCCGCAUACGCGAGGACACGGCCAAGUACCUGCUGAACCUCGACCUCGAGUCCGCCAAAUACGACCCCAAGACACGAACCAUGGUCGACGCCGGCGCGACCGCCGACAAAGCCGCGCAGCUCUUCGCCGAGGAAGGCUUCCUGCGCGCCGCCGGCGACGCCGCCGAGUUCGAGAAGGCGCAGAGCUACGCGUGGGAGGCGCAGGAGAAGAGCGGCGACACGCGGCAGCACAUCCAAGCGAACCCGACGGCGGGAGAGUUCUACCGCAAGAAGGAGCGCGAGGACGCCGAGAAGAAGCGCGCCGACCGCAUCAAGGCCCUGCAGGACAAAUACGGCGCCGGCGACGCUGCCCUCACCACCACCAUGCCCGCCGCCCUCCGCGAAGCCGCCGCCAUCGUCACGGAAUCAGAACACUUCGUCGAGUACGACGAGGCCACGGGCCUCAUCAAGGGCGCCCCCAAGGUCAUCGCCAAGUCCAAGUACGACGAGGACGUCCACGUCAACAACCACACCUCCGUCUGGGGCAGCUGGUGGUCCAACUUCCGCUGGGGCUACGCCUGCUGUCACUCUUUUAUCAAGAACAGCUACUGCACGGGCGAGGAAGGAAAGGAGGCUUGGGAGGCCGCUGAGAAGCAGAGAAUGGGUACUAAUUUGAUCGAAGAGGGCACAUCAUCGGCCCGGGAGGAAGAGGAGCAGCAGGUUGAGGCUGAUGAGGAUGAUAAGGAAGUUCAAGCGAAGAAACAGCAAGCGAGUAAAAAACGCACGAUGGAGGAUAUGAUGGGUGGUAUUUCCGAGGCGGAUUUAGACGAGUAUCGCAAGAAGCGGGCAGUAGCAGAUGAUCCUAUGGCAAAGUUCCUGGGGAGUGAAGAGCUACUACGGUAGUAUUGGCCCAUUGUAGUCAGGUCAGAAAUUACAUAAUACAUCGAGUAUUUCAAUUACAGCUUAACUCGGUACAUGUCACUCGGAACAAGAA